AUGCUAAUAUCCUAUUAUUUUGAUAACCCAAAUCUACAAAUUCAAAAAGUUAAUGAUUUCUUUACAAACAUCUUCAAUACUAUAGAAUUAGCAAAACCAACUGUUUCCUCUUUAACUAAAAAAUACAAAUCAAAAUCUCCAACUAUAAGCUCGGAUAAAAUAAAAGAACCCAUAUAUGAUGAAGAAUUCUUAAAAACCUUUCUUCAAUUAGACCCAGUGGAAAUCAAUUCUUUAAAAUUAUCCCAUGAGAUUUUUAUGAAAAACACUCCAAAUUCAAUUCCAAAUGACUUGAAUUAUGUUGGAAAUGGCAUUGUUUACGCCGGUGGUGGAAAAUAUAACUGGCUCACUUUGCUAUCAAUAAAAUCUUUAAGAAGAACAGGCUCAACCUUGCCUGUAGAAGUUUUAAUUCCAACAAUAGAUGAUUAUGAAAUCGACCUAUGCACCCAAAUUUUCCCUUCUUUAAAUGCUAGAUGCAUUUUUUUACCUGAAGUCCUUGGAAAAAAUGUCAUUCAGAAUUUCAAGUUCAAAGGCUAUCAGUACAAAGUGUUUGCUAUCUUAGCUUCUUCUUUCCAAAACGUCUUAUUGCUAGAUUCUGAUAAUAUGCCUGCUAUUAAACCUGAUUAUUUGUUUGAUUCAGAAGUUUUCCAGGACAAUGGCUUAGUAACUUGGCCCGACUUUUGGAGAAGAACAACCUCACCUUAUUUUUAUGAUAUCGCUGAUGUCCAUGUAGGCGAAAGAAUCAGAUUUGGAUACACUAACUAUGGUAUAUACACUCAUGGAAUCUCUGUUCAAGAUGAGAAAAACAUUUCAAAGGUGCCUUUUCAUGAUAGGGAGGGUGCAAUACCUGAUUCUUCAACAGAAUCUGGCCAAUUACUAGUCAACAAAAAAACCCAUUUUAAAAUGCUAUUGUUAUCCCUUUAUUAUAAUACAUAUGGUCCUGAUCAUUAUUAUCCUUUACUCUCUCAAGGCAGUACAGGAGAAGGAGAUAAAGAUACUUUUUUAGCAGCAGCAGUGAAAACAGGAUCAAAGUUUUAUCAAGUUAACAAGUUUGUGGGUGUGCUUGGUUAUAACGCUGAUGGAGGCUAUCAUGGAACAUCAAUGGUUCAGCACGAUCCAGUUGAGGAUUACCAAAAAUUUCAAAAAAAUGCAAAUAUUCUUAAUUUAAUUAACGAGGAUGAAAAUGACUUGGUCUUGAAACCAGCAAGUCCAAAAAUAGUAUUUGUUCAUUCUAAUUUUCCCAAAUUAAAUCCAGCAGCAUUAAAAAAAAACAAAAUCUUGGUUGAUAAAGAGGAAAAAAGACAUCGAUAUUAUAGUAAAAAUAAAAUCGAAGGAUUUGAUUUAGAAUUAAAAAUAUGGGAAGAUAUGAGAUACUUUAUUUGCGAGUUGCAAUUAAAACUCCUAGCAUUUGGUGGAAUGGGGACUGAUGACAUUUGUGAAGAACUUAAUGAACAAAUAAAGUACUUGGAAAGCACAACAAUAUAA